GGUAUUUUAUCCAUCCAUCGCAUGGCCCAUGACUUAUCAUUUAAGGGUUUAAUUUACUCUGGUUCAACAGCUGGUUGCGACUGUCUACACGCUGACCAAUAGGAUCAAGUGCUGUUAUCGGCAGAGGAAAAAAAAUCCCUACUGUCGCCAUGAUACAGCAGCGGAAACGGGUGCGAAGUAGCUAGAAAACAAAAGAGAACACGCAGUCGUCCUCGCGAUUUGGUAUGCUCUUGCAGUGUUAUAGGAAUGCCCAAGGAAAAAUAUGACCCGCCGGAUCCCAGGCGGAUGUACACAAUUAUGUCUAGCGAAGAAGCAGCCAACGGGAAGAAAUCAUACUGGGCUGAGCUGGAAAUCAGCGGCAGAGUAAGGAGUCUCAGCACAGCCCUGUGGUCUCUCACCCACCUCACUGCCCUGCACAUCAGUGACAACUCAUUGUCACGCAUCCCGCCAGACAUUGCCAAACUACACAACCUAGUGUACCUGGAUCUCUCAUCCAAUAAGAUCAGGACCCUGCCGGCAGAGCUCGGCAACAUGGUGUCUCUCAGGGAACUGCUUUUAAAUAACAACCAGUUGCGGGUUCUGCCAUUUGAAUUGGGGAAACUGUUUCAGUUACAAACACUGGGGUUGAAAGGAAACCCACUUGCACAAGAAAUUAUGAGCCUCUACCAGGAACCGGAUGGCACGCGGAGACUGCUCAACUACUUGUUAGACAAUCUGGCAGGGGCUAUCAAGCGCAUACCAACAGAGCAGCCUCCAGCACGGUCGUGGAUCUCACUCCAGGAACCAGACCGAACACGGGCCUCAGCACUGUUCUCUGUUAUGUGCUACAAUGUGCUGUGUGAUAAAUAUGCCACACGACAGCUAUAUGGCUAUUGCCCUUCUUGGGCUCUAAACUGGGAGUACAGGAAGAAAUCCAUCAUGCAGGAGAUAAUGGGCUGCAAUGCAGACAUCAUCAGUUUGCAGGAAGUUGAGACAGAACAGUACUACAAUUUUUUCUUGCCGGAGUUGAAGGAGCAGGGAUACGACGGUUUCUUCAGUCCAAAGUCACGAGCCAGGACUAUGUCCGAGUCGGACCGUAAACAUGUGGACGGUUGUGCAGUUUUCUACAGGACGGAAAAGUUCAGUGCAGUGCAGAAGCACACAGUGGAGUUCAACCAGCUGGCCAUGGCUAACUCCGAGGGCUCGGAGGCUAUGCUGAACAGGGUAAUGACCAAGGACAACAUUGGGGUAGCUGUACUGCUUGAGGUUCGCAAAGAGAUGAUGGAGGCCUCAUCUGGAAAGUCACUCCAUGGCAUGGAGAAGCAACUGCUCCUGGUAGCCAAUGCCCACAUGCACUGGGACCCAGAAUACUCUGACGUUAAGCUGGUUCAGACCAUGAUGUUCCUGUCAGAGGUGAAGAACAUAGUGGACAAGGCCACACGCAGCCUCAAGUUGUCCUCUGUCUCUGGUGAGACCAAUGCCAUUCCACUGGUGCUGUGUGCCGACCUCAACUCCUUGCCUGACUCUGGUGUAGUGGAGUACCUGAGUACUGGUGGGGUGGACUGCACCCACAAGGACUUCAAGGAGCUUCGCUAUAGCGACAGCCUGACCAAAUUCAACUGCAAUGGCAAGAACAGCACGUCCAACGGCAGGAUCACCCAUGGCUUCAAGCUGAAGAGCGCUUAUGAGAACGGCCUGAUGCCUUACACCAACUACACCUUCGACUUCAAGGGUGUCAUCGACUAUAUUUUCUACUCUAAGCCUCACCUGAACGUGCUGGGUAUCUUGGGCCCUCUGGACCCCCACUGGCUUGUAGAGAACAAUGUCAGCGGCUGCCCGCAUCCCCACAUCCCCUCCGACCACUUCUCCCUCUUCGGCCAGCUGGAGCUGCUUCUGCCUAACUUACCCCCACAGGUCAAUGGGCUCCAUCUGCCUGCACGCAGGUAGUGAGUCCUUGCCACACCACCAGGGGGAGCUGCAACCACAGGCUCUCCCUUUCAAACCCUCCUCCCUCCCACUACCAGCUCUUCCCUCCACCGUACCGGAGGAAGAAGACAAAUACACAACCUGUAAAAUAUUCGUACAGUGAGGUCUGGCCGACAGGGAUUUCGUAUAAUGUUAUAGAUAUUCUAUAUUUUUCUUUCUCCGUUUUUCUUUUUUGUUCUUUUUUUAACUGCUCGAUUCAGUCCUGUUCAUGUAUCAUAUUUUGUGUUUUGGACUUCCUUUCCUCAAAUCCACCCACCCAACCACUUUGCUUCUGUCUUUCAAACUAGAGGAGAUGCUAGCUCAUUUAGAUCUGUCACAUUGGGCACUGUUUGGUUUGGUUUUAGAACAAGGAGAAACUGAGAAAUGGCUGAGGGGAUGACAUUUACCUUUAAAGCUCCAUAGCUGGUGGUCUGCCUGUCUGUCUGUCCUGUAUAAAUCUGAAACCAGCAAAGACAGCAGACUUGUCAAUCUCAGAUGUCCAUCAUUGGCUUGUGCUUGUUUGCCUCUGUAGCCAGCUUACUUUCUCAGUCUUUCUUGGAUGCUUACAUUUGAGUCAGGUGUUGUUGGGUUAGAGCAGCUUUUUGCUAGUAGUUGAGCGUCCCUGGAGAUGGGUGUAACGCAGCGCGUAUGUUAGAUUUCCUGCUGUCACUCUGUGGUGCUGAGGCCUUUUUGUUUGGAUCUUGGCCUCCUGUGGUGCUACAAGAUAGUCUACACCUCUGGCCCUGGUGCAUUUGCUACCAAACCCACAGAUGCCUCAAGAACCAGAUGUCUGAGAACUACAUUUGCCCAAUUUCACAUGGGCUGAAAUGCUGUAUGUAGUGUUAAUUUGGGAAGGAAGGAUAUGGCGGGAAACUGAUAGCAGCUACCAUCCUGUUUGCAGGCUGUUUCACCCCAGCUUUUGUAGUUGUUAUUCUAGUCUUGUGCUUAGGAGUUCAUGGGGCCCCCAUUUUUGGGCUUGGAUUAAGGUUGAUUGGCAAAGUGAUGAGGGGCCUUCACAAAUCUAUUUUUUUUUUUGAUUGCUUUAAGGCAGAGAGAGCGAGUAAUGGCUGACACACAGGAGUAAAACCAGCAUUCCUCUCACUGUCUGGAGUUGCCAUUCAACUCCACACAUGCAAGCUUACACACACACACACACACACACACACACA